GAUUUGCAUUAUGCAAAACGAAAACCUGCCUGAGACAGCUCGGCAACCCUAGGCCGGCAAAUUUACGGCAACCUUGAUGGAUCUUUUUGCAUUUAGAUUCUGAAUCGCGACAUCGUGGCAGUAGCCAUACCACUCCUCUUCCUGUACUAUGAACAAAAGACGGCGGAUAUCGUUGCUGUCGUCGAAGCAGACAUCGACGUCCUUGGAACAAGUCAAGGAUAUCCCAGCCGGCGGUCUCGUAUGCAUUGCUUGUAAUCGUGCAAUUAACACGCGUACGUCGUGUGCAAUAUUAUGCUCAAGAUGUGGUUCUUCGACAUGUGUGAUAUGUUCCCGAAAAUGUACCGCACAUCGACCACCCUCGUCGCCACCGACAGCAUCUUUGUCGCCAUCCCGGUCAGCCCUAGCGCUCAAUGCACCCAACACAAAUCUGAUGACAACAACGACCACGAAUCCGCCUCCAUCUCCUCUGCCGCAAUCCCAUAAAAGGAAGAAACCCGCCGACAGCGACAGCGAGGUCGGUGGCAAAUCGGAGUCCAGGAAGGACGGCGACGGCGAGGAAGAAGUCACAAGCUGUGGGAGAGUGGUAUGUCGUAACUGUUGCGUUGAAAACGUUCAAAGCGAUACCACCACCUGCCUCGACUGUUUAGAACUUCAUUCCAGCUAAUGUGUGGAAUUCUCUUUUUAUUUGCAUCUACGUUCUCUAUCUCAGCAUCCAUCAAGUCCAUGUUAUACUAUCACUCAUGCGCACUGUAUCUCCUUGUAUUCCUUAAAUAUUCACAUGUUUAUCUUUUCCUGCUUCCUUGCGGUCAAUCUCAGAUACAAUCAAGUGUUUUGACGUGCUUCAGCUUUUUGCUGGUCAACGCUCUUCCCUAGGUGUGCCAUGAUACUUUCGUCAUCG